AUGGCAGAGUUAAUAGAUAAACUUGAAUUAAGAAGCGAAAGCUAUGUUCACUGCAUUUCUUUCAAUUACUUCGGAGAUAGAAUGGCUCUAUCUUGUGCAGAUCAAUCAAUCCAAGUAUGGAACUUACUCCCCCCCCUUUAAAUUGAAACAAAAUAUAGGUAAAAUUCCUACUUUUUUGGGAAAUUACCCCCCCUUUAAAUUGAAACAAAAUUUAUUAUAAUAGAAAAUUUUAUAGGUAAAAAUCAUUAUUUUAUAUGUAAAUACGUUAAUACCCUAUUUAAUAUGCUUCAAACAUAUAAGAUUUAGAAAUUAAACUCUAUUUUGUCCAAUUGUUAUGGGGAGAGUUAGAAGAAUACCAUUUCAGCAAGUUUACACUUUGAGAUUGAGAAAUUUAUGAAUUAAUUUUUCAUGAAAUUAAAAUUAAAAAUCAAACACAGAAUGAACCAUAAAAUUUUAUCUCUGAAAAAAAUUUUUUAUAUAUAAAUUUUUUUAUAAAAAAAAUUUCUUAACCCCCCUUUAAAUUGAAACAAAAUUUUUUGUUUCAAUUUAAAGGGGGGGGGAGUUAGAAGAAAACAAAUGGAAACUUUCCGCUAAAUGGAAUGCUCAUAAUGGCGCAGUUUUUAAAGUUCGCUGGGCACACCCAGAAUUCGGCACAAUCUUAGCAAGCUGCUCAUUUGACAAGAGCGUAAAAAUUUAUGAAGAAAAUCCCCAAGAAAACUCUUGAACACUCCUUGCAUCACUAGUAGAAAGCAAAGAGCCGAUAGAAGAUAUUCAAUUUGCCCCACAUCAUUUACGAUUAAUGCUUGCUGCUUGCUCAUACAUUAAAAUGGCGACGGCGAUUCAACCCUUUUUUCUCAACACCUGUAGCCUGUAUUCACGGGGGACCUCGUGGAAGGGAGAAAGGCGCUCGGAAUGUGUAUCCGGCUAGGUUUUACCUUGGCACAGUGGAGCUCGAAGUCGGAUUAGGCCAACUGCAGCUCAUUCUGACACCAAGGGUUUUGCCUCAGGGAGAUGGAUUCCAAGGUUGAAAAGGGGAAGCUCAGCAGCAUCAGGAAGGUACCUCCUUAUCAAUCGGGCAACUCCCUAACGUGAAACUGGGCGUUACGUCCCAGGCCUUGGAUUUCCAUCUUAGCCGACAGUCCUACCAGAAAAUUUGUUUUUCAAAUUUUCGGAACGGGCGACUCUGUUGACGUACUGCUGGAUGGCGUAACUCAUCCAACUACGGGUUGCGAGUGCACAUCCUCGUCCAGUAGGAGCAACAUCUUGAAGGUCGUGAUCGACUGAUGGUGAGCAACCGGGUGAAGCGUGAAGCGUGAAGGGUGAAGUUAGGACAGGGGAAACCCGCGUUAAUACGACGAGCCUCUAUAAUACUAAUUAAUGGUAAUGGUAAUGCUUGCUGCUUGCUCAAGUAAUGGGGAAAUAAGAAUAUAUGAGCCUAGCAGCGUUGUGAAUUUAAAGGUUUGGAGCGUGACCAAGAUGUUCUCUGCUUGUGCGUUGGGAAGCAACUGCAUUGCGUGAAACCCUGCUGUUCAUGAACCGCCAAUGCUACUUAUAGGGAAUAAUGAUGUGCAAACGGCGACAGAGAAGUUUGGGAAAAACUUUGACGUUGAUGAAGAACUUCUGCAGCUUUGGGCUGUUUCUGAAGAUAAGCCUAUUUAAAGGAAAUUAAUAUUAGAUAUAGAAUUUUCUUUUUUUAGUAUAAAAAUAUUUAUAGAAGCUUGUAUUAAAUAAAUGCAUUUAAUCGAAAUUAAAGGAGUAUACAAAAGAAUGAGAGAAAAAAUGUGUCCCUGCAAGAAUCCAUGAGAGAAGCAUUGUGGAUAUCAGCUGGGCACAAUUAAUGGGAAGAUCAAAACAUCUUGUAGCUUCCUGCUCAUAUGAUGGAAUUGUAGUGAUUUGGAGGAUCGAUGGCAGCACAGGAGCCAUGGAAAGCGAAAUGAAUAUCCGAGAUGACGUAGGCGGACCAGUUUGAAGAGUAUCCUGGGAUGUCCUUGGAACUAUGCUAACAGCAAUAAACGGGGAUGGCACUGUAAAAGUGUGGAAGAGAAACUUACAAAGAGAGUGGGCCGAGGUAGGUGCAUUACAAAAUAGAUAG